ACAAUCCCGCCCCUUAUAAAUACAAUCUCUGGAGAGUGCAUGUCUCAAGUGCAACCAACCAACAUUAAUAGAGAGCUAAGCAGAAAGCAGAAAGCAGAAGCAGAAGCUACACUAUUUAUAGUCACCAACAAUUUCAAUGGCAGCCAACACCAAGGAUCAAGAACAAAUGACCCCAGAAUUUGAACUUCCAGGAUUUAGAUUCCACCCCACAGAAGAAGAACUUCUUGAGUUCUACCUCAAGAGCGUGGUUUUCGGAAAGAGACAGCGUUUUGACAUAAUUGGUUUUCUCAAUAUCUACCACCAUGAUCCUUGGGACUUGCCUGGGUUGUCGAAGAUUGGAGAAAGAGAGUGGUAUUUUUUUGUGCCAAGGGACAGGAAGCAUGGCAGUGGAGGAAGGCCUAACAGAACCACUGAAACUGGGUUCUGGAAAGCCACCGGCUCUGACCGCAAAAUUGUGAGCCUCUCAGAUCCAAAGAGGAUCAUUGGGCUCAGAAAGACUCUUGUUUUUUACAAAGGCAGAGCCCCAAGAGGAACCAAGACUGAUUGGGUCAUGAACGAGUAUCGUUUGCCUGAUAACUGCCACUAUCUAAAGGACAUAGUGCUAUGCAAGAUAUAUAGGAAGGCAACUUCCUUGAAAGUCCUAGAGCAAAGGGCAGCAAUGGAGGAAGAGAUAAAGAACUUUCAUCCUUCUCCAAACACAUCAUCUCCUCCAACAUCAAUGGAGACCAUCUCAUUUUGCAGCCAAUCACAGGAAGAUCUGACUCUACAAAUGCCCAAAAACUAUGUGGUAUUGAAGCAAGAAAUGGAUGAUGCAUCACUAACAGAAGAGAAAGAGCCAAAGGAAGAGAAGGCAAUGGAGAUCAAAGGGUCUCCUCCUCCUCCCACAUACAUAUUGCCAGAGAUCCAAGUGCCAAGAUUGAGCGUGGACUGGACCCAAGACGCAUUUUGGACCCAAAUGAAUAGCCCUUGGCUUCAAAACCUGACCCCUUUGCCCAACCUUCUCAACUUCUAAAUUCUAAUGAAUUAGUUUGAUGUGUAGGUUAAAAUAAAGUUUGGUCCUGUAGAUAAAUUUGGCACACAGCUUAGGCGUUAUCUCAUCCCUCACCGAGAGAUGCUUAUAACUACUGUCAAUGUUCCAAGUGUUAGCCGUUCUAUUUAAGGAACAGCUUUUAGCUUUUUUGUUUUUGUUUCUUUCUUUCAUUCUUGGGUUUUUUUUCCUCUCCAGAGAGAGCAAUGACUAUCUUAUAUGUAUACAUAGAUAUACAUUUUCUGUAAGGGACCUAAUGGGUAGGUAGGAGAGGUGUCAUGGACAAUUGGGUCUGAAAAUUUAGUAAUGGGGAGUUUUUAUUUUGUUUCA